UGGGCUCAGGUAAAGAGCGCGGCGGUCCGGCUAGUAGUCGCUCGCCUGAGGCAAACGGCGGCGUUGCUGCUGUUCCUGCGUCUUCUCUUUCUACGUGGUGUGGCGCUUCUCUUCUGAGGCGAUGUGGCGGCAAUCCGCGUGGGCCUUCUUCGCUCUGCUCCUCGCCGGAGGUGGCGGCAGCCCCGGCAGUCUCCGUCCCGGGGCUUCUGCCCAGUCGGUGUGGACGGCGUGGCUGAACGUGUCGUGGAGGAUGCCCGGCAGCAACGAGAGCUCCUGGAACGCGGGCGAGAGCGGCAUCUUCGGGCAGGACUCCCCCCUGCGGAGGGCGGCAGGGCUGGUGGUGGCCCCCGAAGGGCCCGGGGCGGCCAACGCCUGCAACCCGCUUACCAACUUCAGCAGCCCGGCGGCGCCCACCCCGUGGCUCGCCCUCAUCCAGCGCGGAGGGGGGUGCACCUUCGCCGAAAAGAUCGCCGUGGCCGCCGCCAGGGAGGCCUCCGCCGCCGUCAUCUACAACUACGCCGGGGGGUCCGGGAACGACGUUCACCCCAUGACCCACCCGGGUACAGGAAACACUGUGGCCAUUAUGAUUAGUCAUUCAAAAGGCAUUGAAAUCCUCCGUAGGCUGGAAAAAGGCUACCAAGUGACCAUGGUUAUUGAAGUGGGGAAAAAACACGGAUCAUGGAUGAAUAACUACUCCAUCUUCUUUGUUUCUGUGUCUUUCUUCAUCGUCACAGCAGCCACUGUUGGGUAUUUUAUAUUUUAUUCUGCGAGGAGGCUUAGACUUGCAAGGGCUCAGAACAGGAGACAGAGACGGCUGAAAGCAGAUGCCAAAAAAGCCAUUGGACGGCUUCAGCUACGUACACUAAAGCAGGGAGACGAGGAAACUGGUCCUGAUGCUGAUAGCUGUGCUGUAUGCAUUGAAGUGUACAAGCCAAAUGAUGUUGUGCGAAUUUUAACGUGCAAUCAUCUCUUCCACAAGAACUGCAUUGAUCCUUGGCUGCUGGAGCACAGGACAUGCCCCAUGUGUAAAUGUGACAUACUCAAGGCACUGGGAAUUGAGGUGGAUGAAGAGAGAGCAGAGUCUCCCCCAGCCACUGUCUCCAACGAACCCUCUAACAUGCCUUCGCACACCGAAGGGGAUAAUCAUAGUGAGACAGGAUCAUCUGGAUACGCUUCUGUCCAGGGGAAUGAUGAGCCGGUCCGAGAGGAAGUGGCCCCUUCAGAAAGUGAUAAUUUGCGUCUUGUGAACAACACAGCAGAACCUCCACCUGUAGAUGUGCUUCCACACCUGGACAAUCCAGGUUUUGAGGCUGAUGAAGGAGAAAUACGUGAAGAGAAGUCCUAAGCAGCUCUUGCAGCAUCUGCUAUUUACUUGGCAUAACCGGCAUCAAACAAGGACAGAACUGAUAAGAGUGUUGUAGCAGCAAUUUUGCUUUGAUAUUGAGAUAAAAUUUAAGGUUGCAAUUAAAUUGAGUGACCUGACCAUUUACUUAUUUUCUUGUGGGAUUAGUUUUAGUACUCUCCAGUACAGAUUUGUGGGUUUGUCUUUUUGUAGUGCAAACAAGGAAGACAGAAUCUUAACACAAAGCCAUUUGAGCUCAGCUACUUUUGAUACAGUAGAAUUUCAUUUGCUUCAUUUUGGUUUUGAAUUAACUUGUUUUAAGUCUCAUAGUUAGUUUUCUUAUGAACCUAAGUUUUUAGUUAAGUAGUAGGGCGUGUUCCUUUUUCAUUUUAAUGAGCCUAGGUUAAGUAUGUUUUUAUAUAUAUAACCAACAAGAGUGGCCUUAUAUUCAGUGCAGCAUCUCUUGGUUCAUUAAAUUACUGGAAUUACUGGGACCAGUCAGAUGUACCUAUAAAAUAUAUCAGGAUUUUUCUGCACCUACUCUAUGGGAUUUGAGGGUUAAAAUUUGAGAAAAUGCUUGAGCUUGAGUAAAAAGUUAAGAUGCCUUUAAUUUGCACAUUCUACAGGAAAAAAAAAUAGCUACAUACAGUUGUACACUUCACCAAAGGUUACUGUGGACUACUUUUAACUGGUGCAAACGGGCAUAGCCCAGAAAUCUGUCCACUUUGGAUAUUGCUGCUUUUAGCCUUUAUGAAGGCUGAAGAUUUCUAACUCAGAGGGAAUUUUUGUUGCCAUUGUUCUGGGGGAACAGUUAAAUGAAUGUUCCCAAAUGGUGUUGGUCAGGUGAGAACAUGGCUAAGAUGGCAAUUACUGAAUGGGGGAACUUUUUGUUAUUUUUUUCUGAUUUGUGAGACAGCAAUUUGGAUAUGAAGCUAAGUGGGGGGUACUCAGGGUGCCUUAGGAUGGAGUGUGGAACUUCAUCCACUAAAGUGAACUACAUCUAAUAAUGCACUUUAUUGUUCAUUUUGCAUCUCCUGUUGUUCUGUUUCUAAUGGCUAGCACUAGCAGAAGUUGCCUUUUUUGUUUGUUUUUCCUCUUGUUUUUUAAUAUUUUGAUUUUUAACAGGAGAAAACAGUCCAUUUCCCCUCCUCAUUUUUGCAUCAUGUUGAAUAAAGUUGUAAAUAUUUGAUUUCUAUUGAAAACAACAACACUGCGUUGGAUACAAAAUGUAAAUAACGCUGUUCUAAUGCCCAUUUAGGAUGUUCCCUUAUUUUUGAUAAUAAAAGCAGUUGUGUUAUAAA